CAUUAUGGGAUUGAGCUUCAGAAUUUCUCUUGCUCUUCUUUUGUGUCUUUUGGUUUUGGUCAUUGUUCUUCCCUCUUAUGCACAAAACUCCCCUCAAGACUACCUAAAUGCGCACAACACGGCACGUGCCCAAGUUGGCGUUGGGCCCAUGAGAUGGAACGAAACCGUCGCUCAAUUUGCUCGUAACUAUGCUAAUGGAAGGUUAGGUGACUGCAACCUCAUCCACUCUGGCGGACCAUAUGGGGAGAAUCUUGCCAAGGGCAGUGGUGCUUUUACUGGAGUGGGCGGGGUGAACCUUUGGGUUGCCGAGAAAUCUUUUUAUAACUAUAAUUCGAAUACUUGUGCCUCUGGUAAAGUUUGCGGACAUUACACUCAGGUGGUGUGGCGUAACUCUAAUCAACUUGGUUGUUUUAGGGGUCAAUGCUUGAACGGUUGGUGGUUUAUCAUAUGUAGCUAUUAUCCUGCUGGUAAUAUCAUCGGACAACGCCCCUAUGACUUUCUCGAAGAUAUGUAAAUUAAAGAAUUAUGAACAUGACUCAAGGGUUCAAGGGUAUAGAAUAAUUUAUGCAUAAUAAGACAUGUACACUACAACAUGUUCUAUGA